AUGACGACAAUUGUAUCGUGUCUUGAGCGAUACAAAUUGGACAUUACCGCUUUUCAAGAAGUAAGAUGGGAUGGAUCUGGUAGUUUAAAGACACAGGAUAUGACAAUCUUCUAUAGCGGAGGAGAAAAACAUGAAAGAGGUGUGGGUUUUGUAAUUAAGAACAGUAUUCCGAAAAAUGUUGUGAGAUUUGAACCAAUAAAUGAUAGAAUAUACUAUGUUGAACUUAAAGGUAAAUGGUUUAACAUACUACUAAUUAACUGCUACGCUCCCACUGAGGAAAAAAAUGAAGAAAUAAAAAAUGCUUUUUACGAAGAACUGGAUAGGAUUUACGAUGCGUUACCAACCGGAAAGCCAUAA